AGCUAACAGCAAGUCCCAUGAUGGGGACAGUGAAUCGUGAGUUUUUGGUGUUUCUGCUAGUCUUGGUGCAUUCGUUGGCCGCGUAUAGUCCCUUACCGGAGAUCUUGAAACCGAGUCCGAGAGCGGAAGAAAGUGGAAAUGUUGGAACCAGGGAUAUUGACAGUUCCUACUUUUUGCCGAGGAAUACUAUCCCGUACCAUUACUUCAUUCAUUUGCGUACUCAAAUCCACGAAAAUAUAAGAACGUUUCGGGCAACGACGGAAGUGUACUUUGAAGUGAUCGAACCUAGCUAUACAGUGACGAUGCACGUUCAAGAGUUGGAUAUAUCAUCCGUGGAGUUGUACAGAGUUCCGACCAGUGGAAGUGCGCAACUUAUCGAAAGUCCUACGUUUACUAUUGACCAACGGAUAGAACAUAUCACUUUUACGUGUACGAAUCAGCUGCAACAGGGAAAAUAUUUCCUCAAAGUGACCUACACCGGAUCCAUGAGAAAUUACCAAAGUGGAUAUUUGGUAUCAUCCUAUCGUAAUGAUGCAAACGAGGUGAAAUACGUCGGAUCAACUCAUUUUCAAGCCACUCUCGCACGAAGGGUCUUCCCUUGCUACGAUGAACCUGAUCUGAAGGCCACCAUAGAACUUUGGAUAACCCACCAUAAAUCGUACUCAGCCACAGCCAAUACCUUUCUCGAUUCGGGUGGAUUUGAUCCGGAAGAUUCCGAUUACAUAAUCAGUAAGUUCCGAAAGACUCCAAAAAUGUCAACGUAUCUGUUGGCUUUUGCUGUGACAGAUUUUACCAUCAGAUCCAAAAAUCGACAGCAGGUUGUUGUCCGUAAAAAUGCAGUGAACGAUGCGCUCUAUGCACUGGAUGCCGGGGAUAAGAUCCUAACAGCACUAGAUCAGCAUAUUGGUGUUAUCUACUCGGAUUUCAUGCCAAGGCUUACACAGAUAGCUAUACCAGAUCGCGGCACCGGAGCCAUGGAAAAUUGGGGAUUGGUCACCUAUGGUGAACCGUCAAUGCUGUUCAAUCCGGCUGUUAACACUUACCGAACGCUUAAGCGUGUGACGACUGUCAUUGCGCACGAGUUUGCUCACCAGUGGUUCGGAAACUUGGUCAGUCCGCAAUGGUGGGACUACAUCUGGCUAAGCGAAGGUUUCGCAACUCUGUACGAGUACUAUGCGACGGCUUUGGCGUACCCGGAGCUGGAGUAUUGGGAACUGUUCAACGUUGAAGUAGUCCAACGUGCGUUGAGAUCCGAUGCCAGUGAUCAGAUACGGGCGAUGAAUCACCCAGCGGCCAGUCAGGACGAAGUAUGGAGGUUGUUUGAUGUCAUAGCUUAUCAGAAGUCUGGCAGUGUGCUCAACAUGUUCCAUCAGAUCAUUGGAGAAUCUUACUGGAAGGUUGGAUUGAAAAACUACAUCGACAGUCGUAAGUUGGACAGUGCAACGCCUGAUGACCUUUAUGAAGCACUUCAGAAAGCGAUCGCAGGGAAAAGCGUGAUUCCGGCAUCUGUGACCAUCAAACAGCUCAUGGAAAGCUGGACGAAUGCCCCUGGAUAUCCUGUACUCAAUGUGAGACGCUUGUAUAAAACAGGUGAAGUCAUCAUCUCACAGGAUCGCUUCCUAGCUGAUAAGCGAUUACCAACAGAUCAUAUUUGGAGCAUUCCAUACAACUACAUUGAUCAGGGUAUUGCGAAUGACGUUGAUGAGCAGAUUCAUUGGUUGACCUCGAGAGCAGAUAAGAUCUUCACCAAUACACCCGAGGACCAAUGGAUCAUUUUCAAUCGAGAGCAAAUGGGUUACUAUCGUGUAAACUACGAUGAGCGGAAUUGGAAUCUUAUCAUACAAACUCUUCUGACUAACCACAGAACGAUUCAUCGGGCAAACCGAGCGCAAUUGUUGGAUGAUGCUUUCAAUUUAGCUCGAGCUGAUUUGCUCGACAUGUCUCUUGUGUUGAAAAUGAUGCGGUACUUGAAGCAUGAGACGGAUUAUGUACCAUGGGCAGCGGCAAACAAUAUUCUCAAUUACUUGUACGCUAAACUUCGAGGAACUCCUUCGCAUUCUGCCUUUGUUAACUUUGUAACAGAAAUCGUCUCAGAAGUGUACAAGGAUUUCAGUGUUACUCAGGUAUCUGAGGACGAAUCCACUCUCCACAAAUAUCUUCGACAAACAAUUACUCAUUGGGCUUGUUUAGUUGGCCAUCAGGGUUGUCUUGAUGAAACCUACGAAGCGUUGAAGCAAGAAGUCAAUGAUCAAAUUUUAGUGCAUCCGGAUGUAGCCUCCGUAGUUUAUUGUCAUGGGUUGCGGGAAGGAACCUACGAAGAGCUCUCAUAUCUGCUACCCAAAUUCGCGGGUUCCAAGAACCAAGCUCAACGAACCGAUCUGAUACAGGCUAUCGGUUGUUCCAAAGAUGGACAAAACAUCAGAGCCGUAUUGACAGUGCUACAGUUUUCAGAUGUAGUUUAUUUAUCAACCGAGAGAGCACAAUUCAUCGAUGCCAUCGUGGCCGGAAGUCAGGAAGGAGUCGAAGCUCUGAUAGAAUAUAACUUGAACGAGGGUUCGUCUACCGGAUUGUUAAACGUUCUGGGCGAAGGGACUUAUAAGAACAUGGUUGUUCAGCUUGGUUCGCGAGUCAAUAAUCCCACAGAAAGAAGCCGCCUUGAGCAACUACUCGAGGCUUUGAGUGGCGUCAUAUCGGCUGAAACUGCCAAUGAAGCUCGUGCGUUUGCCAACGCAAACGCCGAAUGGUUCAACACACUGGAAGGUUUGGUAACCGUAGAGUUUUUCGAACAAUUUUCUAAUGAAGUGUUGGCAUGAAGUUGUUUUGUAAAGAUUAUAAGAAUGAAAUUAUUAUUGAAAGUUUA